GCCUGACUGCUUUUCUAGUAUUUGUGGUCACUGACUCAGUGCUGUGUCACAGAAGUGUUUGCGAUUUAAGCGUAAUGAUCACACGGUUAAAAUCAGGGAUUAUGUGUAUUAAUGCUGAUGAACCGAUUCAAUUUUAUAUUUUUUUGUGUAAUAUACAAAUCUCCAGUAAAGUUACAAUUUGAAGCUUUUAUUUUACAAAAGGACCCUUUUCAGUGUAAAAGGCGCACCAGGUAGACUGAGUUAGCUUUAUCUUCCAGACUGAAUGGACGGCAGGUUAAAGGAAUUAAUCAAAAGGCUCUGUGUGGCGAUUUCUUCCGUUGUUAAUGAGAGAAAUAUGAAUUCUCUGCUUCAGGCGGCACAACAACUCUUUUUCCAAAUGCUUUGCGAUAUGUUUUGUAAUCGUCCCCGGUUGGAUGUGGGUUAGAAGGGUCUCUCUCUCUCUCUCUCUCCAUGUUUAUGUGGCUCAUAGGGAGUGGCGCAAAGUUCACUGUGUUGGAGCUCAGAGGAAGUUGAUAAUGCUGGUAUCCAUCUGGGUUUGGUGGGUUUCCUUUCUCUCCCAGUCUGUUCUCCCGACGCCUUCGUACAAGGCGCUGGCAGCCGCGUUGUUGGGGAAUGUUUUCAGUAGUUGGCGUGUCGGCGGGCAAGUUGAUCAUAGAGCGAGCGAGCGGAGCUCAGCCUGAGAGUGAAGGCUCAGUAAACCCCAGGACUCAACAGGAAGAAAGUGGUGGUCUUUCAGCUGUUAGUAGUUAGUCACAGAAGGAAUGCUGCGCUGCCUUUUGAAGGACAUUGCCGUUGUCAGUCCGUGGAAGAAUUUCCCCUGCUUCUCCUCUGAGUCCCUUGUAGCGUGUGUGCAGUUCUCCGCUUGAUUGCAUGUGGACGAUGACAGAUUGCCAGACAGUGCACAUUAAUGCAAGAGGAGUGUUAGACCCAGCCAAUACUUGCUUUUCGCUCCCUGACCAGAUUAUUUUUGCACAUUUUCUUCUCGACUCAAGGGACGGUCGGCUGCCUUCUGAGACUCGCGUUUGAGCUGAAGUCGCUUGUGACUGGGUGAGUUGGUGCACGUUACUGUCAGCCUCAGUUAGGUUUCACAGAUUCGGACGACUUGCCAGGUGGUCUGAUGUAAGGCUAGACUGCUCUGUGAAGUAUUGGCAAAGACUUGGCCUUGAAAUUACAAAAUAAAGGGAGUUCAGCGGGGGUAGGGUGAGGCACCACCCCUUAAGUGCACUCCCAGGGUUUCUACUGGAGGAGAACGGAAAAUCCAGCGCAUUUGUGAGCUGUCAGUCAGAAGUUUGGAACAGACCAGCACUCAGGAACUUUUUGCUCCCGUUGGAGCUGCCAUUAAAUAACUGAUUCAACACGCAACCGUGCAAUACUGUCAGAUUCGUUGUAUGCUGAAUCACAGCUGAUCUCACACUUAGUGGCAUCAUGGCUUUAGAAAUGGAGCAAAAAGCAAGCAAACUGCCUUUUGGAUUUCAGCGCAGUUCAACAUCGGAUGAUGAUUCUGGUUGCGUUUUGGAAGAGUAUGCUUGGGUUCCACCUGGCCUAAAGCCAGAACAGGUACAGCUAUAUUUUUCAUGCCUGCCAGAAGACAAGAUCCCUUAUGUCAACAGUCCUGGAGAGAAGCACAGAAUUAAGCAGCUCCUGUACCAGCUACCACCCCAUGAUAAUGAGGUGCGUUAUUGUCAAUCUCUGAGUGAGGAAGAAAGGAAAGAAUUGCAGCUCUUCAGUGCUCAGAGGAAGAAAGAUGCACUGGGAAGAGGAACUAUCAAACAGCUACCAAGAGUUCAAACGCACACCGCUUGUGAUCAGUGUAAGGAGAAGAUAAAAGGAGGUGAGGUCGCAAUAUUCGCCUCCAGAGCUGGUUCUGCUGUUUGCUGGCACCCAGCAUGCUUUAUCUGCUCAACCUGCCAGGAGCUUCUCGUUGACCUCAUCUACUUUUACCAAGACAGGAAAAUCCACUGUGGCAGGCAUCACGCUGAACUUCUGAAACCCCGCUGCUCUGCCUGUGACGAGAUUAUUUUUGCCGAUGAAUGCACAGAGGCUGAAGGCCGGCACUGGCACAUGAAGCACUUCUGCUGCUUUGAGUGUGAAACAGUUCUGGGCGGACAGAGAUAUAUCAUGAAGGAUGGGCGCCCGUACUGUUGUGGCUGCUUCGAGAGUCUGUACGCAGAAUAUUGCGAAGCAUGUGGAGAUCAUAUAGGAGUUGAUCAUGCACAGAUGACGUAUGAUGGGCAACAUUGGCAUGCCACCGACAAAUGCUUUUGCUGUGCCCAGUGCAGGACUUCGCUUCUGGGGUGCCCAUUCCUCCCAAAGCAAGGUCAGAUUUUCUGCUCGAAAUCCUGCAGCAUGGGUGAAGAUGUCCACGCCUCGGACUCCUCUGACUCUGCGUUCCAGUCUGCGCGGUCAAGAGAGUCCAGGAGGAGUGUGCGACUGGGAAAAAGCAGCAAGUCUGCGGACCAGUGCAGGCAGUCGCUGCUUCUUUCGCCAACGGUAAAUUACAAAUGCCCCGAUCUCUCUGACAGGGGCGACGACCCUUUAUCUCAACAAAUGGAUGCCCUCAGCCUCAACAGCCCAGCUGAGAGUCUCAGCAACAAUCAUUUCUGGAAGGGCCGAUUGGAGGCCGAUGCAGCUGAAGAACAUGAAGAAUGGGCCGAGCACGAUGAUUACAUGACCCAGCUACUGCUUAAGUUUGGCAGUCGGGGUGUCUUUCAGCAGUUCAGUGAAGACGCCAAACACUGGAUAUCAGACAGCGAAGCCAAAACUAAAGUGGAACUGAAUGGCUGUAAUGGCCAAGGCUUGGUAAGUACGAAGUAUGAAUCCAACAUGUACUGGGCACAAUCCCAAGAUAAUCUAGGAGACUCCGCCUAUGGGAGCCACCCAGGACCUGCCAGCAGUCGCAAGAUCCAAGAGCUUGACAUUGAUCAUGGUGCAGCCGCCUACAAUCAUGACCAGAACCAGUGGUACGAAGAUUCAUUGGAAUGCCUCACGAAUGAGUUAAAGCCAGCUGAACAAAGUGUUCGAGAUUCUGUGGACUCUCUAGCCCUGUCCAAUAUCACAGGCGCAUCAGUAGAUGGAGACAACCAGCAACGAUCAUCUGUGUUUGCUCUCCAGGAUUUCCAAGAAAUUGAGAAUGACUGUGAGAAAAUGAGUAACAUGGGGACGAUGAAUUCCUCAAUGCGCCAUCGCAGCACAGAAUCCCUCAAGAGUUUGACCUCCGAACUCUGUCAGGUCAUGGCCCCAGAGGAGAAGCGAAAGCCACUCUGCAAUCCGAUGCUGAGAAGAUCAAAGUCCCAGUCAAGGCCCCAGCAAGUUAAGUUUUCUGAUGACGUCAUUGACAACAGGAGUUACGAGGAGAUCGAAAUCCGGCAGCCUCCUAUGAGCGAGAGAACUCGCCGCCGCGCAUACAACCUUGACGGCUACGCCAAUCGGCAUCAUCAUCGUCGCCGCAAGAGCAGGAAGUCCCGUUCUGACAAUGCCCUCCAUCUGGUGACGGAGAGGAGAAGUCCACGAGAAAGGCCUUGUGUUUACCCUCCAGAGGAUUGUGAAAAAUUAACCCAAGUCAAAGUCUCGCAUGAACGGCGAGCAUACGUUCAAAGCCAGGAACUGUACGGGCAGUACAGUCAUAACCCAGACUACGCCCUGCAGAACCAAGUUGUGGACAAAUUUCUAGGCUUGUACGCUGAGGAUGAUGACUCCUGGUGCUCAACCUGCUCCUCUUCAUCCUCCGAUUCAGAAGAAGAAGGUUAUUUCCUUGGGCAACCGAUCCCACAGCCCAGGGCCCAACGAUACCAGUAUUAUACGGAUGAUCUUGCAGGGCCGUCAUCGGUGCUGGCGAGUUCUAGUAUUGGGUCACGGACCACCAAAUCCAAAAAGAAAAAGGGGCACAAAGGGAAAAAUUGCAUAAUUUCCUAGAGCAGAAUGAAUAUGAACCAAAUCUGCAAGGAGCCUUUCCCACUUACUACUCUGUGAAUUCAGAUGGUGUUACUAAAGCAACCUAUAAGUUCAUUUGAAACUACAGAACAACCAGAGACAAAGUUGCUGGUCAGACUGCUACGUUUCCACUUUAAAGCCAAGAGUGACUGACACGGCAAUUGUGGAUAAACACACUAUUGUUUACACUUGUAGCGGUUCACUUGUUUCUGUAUUUUCACUGACUACCUACUAAUAAGCAGUGGAUUGGGUAACAUCCCUGUCUCUGAGCCAGAACGUACAGGUUCAAGUCCCACUCCAGGGCUUAAUGGACAAGGAAGGUGCAUAAUUAUGUGGUGAAACAGGUUGGUUGUGAACAGUAAAUUCUUCCCAUGCCAAUGGAGGCAGUAUCAGCUGGAUAGAUUCCUGAUGAACUAUGUGAUGGACAAAGAAACAUUCUUAUGUCACUGUCCACAGUGAUACAUAAAUACAUACAACAUGCAUGUAAAAGGUGAUGUCGCCACAGCAACUCAGACCCCCUGAGCAAACCCCCUCUCUUUAUAGUUCUUCAAUCAACCAGUACAACACGGAACUUCAUACUGCUGAGUGUAUACUUUCAGAAAGUUUUAACUGGUCUUAACAGCUUUUAACUUUGUAACCUGUUUUAAUAUGUCUUUAUUGGUGCUUUCUGUAUUAUAAUGUUAAAUGUUCACUUUUAUUAAGGUGUUUGCAAUGAGCAUGUAAAGGCAAAGCAAAAGUUGCUGAGUGACCAACGGGCAACAAUGAAAGUCAGGCUGAGCGCAAAUCUGCUUCCCAAUUCUCAAUAUUACAGGCAUAAAAGUAGCAGCGAUCAAAGAAAAAUGUUGGUAUUUAAAAUGUAGGAUUUAGUAACUAAAGUUAAUCAUAAUUUAACAGUGCAAAUACUGUAUAUAUUGUACAGUUCAGAUUAAGAACUGAUAUUUUUAUAUAUCCCUGAAUUACAAAACAAGUCGUUUAUCUUUGGUUGUAAGAAAUAGAUGUAAUGAAGUAAUUGGCAACGUUAUAUUUGGUUUCAUAAUGACUCCUUGUCAAGUAACAGUUUAGCUUUUUGUCGUUAGGGUGAGUGUGUGUUUGUGUGUGUGUGUGUGUGUGUGUGUGUAUGUGCGCGCGCGCUCGCGUGUUUAUGCUUUUUUUGACAGCAAACGUUGCCCCCCGGUUGUUGGUUCAAUUAAGUUCUUGCUGGAAUCAUCAGCAUGCAGAGUAUUAAUAGUCCUGCACAGUUGCAGAACUGGGGUGUCCUUGCUGUGUUACAAGAGCUCAGUGAGAAUCAGAUAAUGUAAAGAAAUAUCAAACUGAUGUAUAAAUGUAAAAACUGGAACAUGUAGAUGAAUAAAAUUAAUAAAAAAUGUUAUUGUAAGA